UACUAAGCUAGCGAUAUGGCAGAAGAUCUUAGACGAUUCCUGUACAAGAAACUACCAAGUGUUGAAGGCCUUCAUGCGAUAGUUGUAUCCGAUAGGGAUGGUGUACCUGUUAUUAAAGUCGCCAAUGAAAAUUCCCCAGAAUAUGCCCUGCGACCUAGCUUUCUGUCAACAUUUGCACUGGCAACUGAUCAAGGAAGUAAACUGGGACUCUCCAAAAACAAGAGUAUCAUCUGUUACUACAACACUUACCAGGUUGUUCAGUUCAAUCGCCUGCCUCUUGUUGUGAGUUUUAUCGCAAGCAACAAUGCUAACACAGGCCUCAUACUAAGCUUGGAGAAAGAACUUGGACCUUUGUUUGAAGAACUGCGACAAGUGGUGGAGAUCUCUUGACCAACAGUAUCAUCCAUUGACCUGCAGCUAACUAAGGAAGCUCUAUUGUAACACUUGUGGAAGGAGGCCAAUACAUAAUGCCAUUCUUCUCCAUUUUAAUGUGGUUUUGACCCUUCAGAUUGUUACUUACCCUCCACUCAGACCAUUGUAGAAGUGCCAGGUAGACAUGAUAUAAUGGUACCCAUUACCUCAAGACCCUUUUUGCUGUUGUCGAUAUCCAAAUGUGCAAUGCAAAACAAAUCAGGACGCUAGGAAUGGCUGAGGCUGAGAAUGUUUGUACUUGAUAAAAAAAAAAAAGAAAA